AUUUUUACUGCGAGCACCGUUCAUCGUCCAUGGCAGACAGCGACAGCACCAGUACGCAAGCGUGGUCAGACGUACAGUGGUAAGUCACUAACUCUUACAACGACGUCGACGAGAAGAGACAACACCCAUCUUAUGAUCGAAUUCAAGUGAGGUCAGGGUGACAACCAUCGCUUGCUUCGCUUUGGUCCAGGAGUCGUGAAACGAGCUUGGAUGUUCCUUGACAGAGCAUGGAAACGUUCCAGUGUUGCUGCCAGCGAGUGCCCCUCUUCGAGUGUCAAAACAUCUCUUCCCUGUCGUGCGACUCCCUCGUCAUCUUCAUGACCAUGACCGAGCAAACCAGCAGCGAAUCGCAGCUGACAUGUUGCAGGAACCCAUCUCCCCCAUCAACAAGACCCUCAGACGACAGUCCUCGCGAACAGUCAUCCGACAAUAAACUCCCCAUCCCCAGACCCAUCAUCAAAACAUCCGUCUCGCCCUUCUUUGACUCCCAACAAAUCAUCCACGACAGCCCCGUCGUUCUCGAGAUGGAUUCGGGUGUCGGUAAUGGGUACGCCCAUUAUCACCAAAGCGACCCUUACAAUGCCGCUCGUUCGAGGCGAAAGUCUGUCAGCGCCCCGUCGCCGGUUUCGGAAGAUGAGGAAUUGCUGAAUGGCUCGGGAUCUGGCAAGAAGAGACGGAAAGGGCGGGGGUCGUUCUCCCUGCCAUUCCAUGGAGGCCGGCGGAGAAUACAGCCGAGCGGGUGGUUCACGCUCCCCCAGAUCUUUAGACGGCGGAGGUCGAAAUGUCUAUUGAUCUUUGCCCUCUUUGCUGCGUUGGUGUACGGUUUCGUGCUCUGGAAACGGACGUACGAGAUCCAACUCGAAUUCUCCAUCUUUUCGCGCAAAUGGAUUGCCGAAGAGAUCGAUUCCCUACAGCCUUUGAAAGGCUGCUUCAACAACCCCUCCCCCCGGUACAACAUGACGCAGCACCUAGCCCCCCGGCGACACAUGUUGUCCACCGGUACGAGCCUGAAACGCGGCAUGUCGUGCUACGACUUUGCGUCCACCAUCAAACCCGAGCCCGAAGCUGCCCUCGAGCAUGUGUAUUAUCACACUUAUUGGCGGUCCGACUUGAUUUCGUUUGGGGAACGGCAAUCAGCUACAUUCCUCGCUUUCCUGGCGACUCAGCCCCUCACACAUUCUACCCUUAUAGUAUGGACGAACGGCGCCGAAAGCCUUUCUGCAAAUACGCACGUCAAGCCGUUCCUUGAACGGUGGGGCGAGUACAUCCAGGUCCGCCAGGUCCACCUCGCCGAGCUCGCCCAGGGCACAGGCGUCGAGAAUGUCAUUAAGGGCAUCACGGGGGAUGGAGGGAUAUACGACGAGCGGGCGUGGGUGGAUGGGGAUGCGGUGAGGUUGUUGGUGUUGUGGAAUUAUGGGGGGAUAUGGAUGGAUAUGGACCAGCUUUUGACGCGGGAUCUGCAUCCGUUGACAGAAGAAGAAUGGGUCACCCAGUGGGAUUGUUAUGACAAACCAUACUUUUCCCUCAACGGCGCCCUGAUGCACUUUCACGCCUCCUCCCCCUAUCUCUGCGAAGCAUUCAACAUCAUGUCCACCUCCCCCCUCCCCAAACCCAACACCUUCACAUGGGGCUCGCACCUCUACGCCAAACUGCACCGCCACCUCAUCGCCGCCGGCGUCCGCCCCUUUGCCGUCCUCCCAUGGUGUUUCAGCGAUCCCAGGAAUUGCCGGCUGGAUAACCGGUUCCCCGAUCCAUUCUUGCCUGACCCCGGGUCGUUUACGGGCAAGAAAUGGGAUGAUGGGGAAGGAGGCAAGUCGGGGAGACAAGUGUUGGAAGAGCGCACGUCGCAUAUCUAUACGAUCCACCUGCAUAACCAGUGGGCGAAAAAGUUUCCGAAAGGCGGGUGGAUUGAUAGGCUUUUGGAAGGGUAUAAGGCGCAGGUGUAUAGGGUGGAGAGGUAUGCCGAGUCGGCGGGACUGGUCAGGGGUGGGAAGAUUGCGCUGGGAGGGAGAUAAGUCGAGGCAGGGGAGAGUAAUGGUAUCUUGGGGAUAGAACACCUGUUGUAUAAAAUAGCAAUCAUAGACUUUAUAUAGACACGAUCAUCAGCAAUGAUCGUCAGCAUUUUGGCUUUCGAGUUGAGCAGUCACAAGUAGUUAUGAUCUGAACGUAGCUUAUGAUGAUACGAAAAUGUCAAUCGUGUCGCAGUAUGGGUUCACUUCUAUGCACUGUCAUGUAGCGA